AUGAAGGCAGUGGCACAAAUACAGACGGUUUUUGUGAUGAGUUUGAAAUCAAAGACUCGGAAGAGGGAUUCUAAGAAACGGGCCAGCAAGGCCGGCAAGAUUGUGUGUAAGGAUGAGCAGGGUAAGAGUAAUCCGGGGUUGUUAGGAGGGAAAGAAGGUGGAAUAUCGCCCCGGCAACCUGCAACGGCGCAGUGUCCGGAGGAUGGUAGCUACCAGCGAAUUGAGCUGCAAGCACUUCUCAGAAGUCUUAGGUCCCAGUCUUCUACUGGGCUAGGAGUUGAUCUCGACAUCAACACAGCAGCAACCAAAGACAAUUUUAGAUCGCAACUAGCGCUAAUGCAAAGAUAUUUACGACAAGAUACGGGUCUGCUUUUCAAACUCCAAAUUAAAGAGUUCUACCAAGCAUCGGAAACACAUAAGGUUGUGACCAAGGCGUAA